UCUGUCAAGGAUGAAGAAGUGAAGCAAAUUUUACAAAAAGUGCUUGUGGAAUGUGAAUAUUCACGUUCUGAUUCUGAACUAUUUCGACUGUCUCCAUAUCAUCCAGCAAUUAAAAAAAGUAGUGCGGGAUUGGAUCAUUCGAAUGGCAUUGCACUAAUUUCAUUCAAAAAAUUUCCAACUGGGGAGGGACUAGGGAGCGACUUUUGGGAGUAAUACGGUUGUCAAUUAUUCAAGAAAUGUCAGGCAAAAUGUCCUCACUUUUAAAACAGAUUAUCAGCUCUUAUCCACAUCCUGAAAAAGUCAAAAUUAAAGAUAUCACGAAAGUGGGGAAAAUGAUCGACUCUCUCGUGUCUCGAGGACCAGAAUCCCUUCAAGUCAUCACUGACUUUGACUUCACUCUCUCGAAAUCGCAUCUCCCUGAUGGUUCGCCGGCAUGCAGUGGACCAGGUGUUAUGAACAAUAGUUCAUUGAUGAGCCAAGACUUUCGAGACAAAGUGAACGCCCUGUACAAAAAAUAUCGGCCGAUCGAAUUUGAUCAUAACAUGCCCGUUGAGCAAAAAAUUCCACUGAUGGUCGAAUGGUACCAACAGCGCAAAAAUGUCGUUGUUGCAUCCAGGGUGCAAAGGUCUCAAAUUGAAGAAAUGGUAACUUCAUGUGGCGUAGUUUUAAGGGACGGAGCCCCUAAAACUUUAGCUUGGCUGAACGAAGAGAAAGUUCCUGUACUAAUCUUCUCUGCCGGAAAUGGGGACAUUAUUGAAGCUGUGAUGAAGCGAGAUGGCGUAAUGUUUGACAACGCACACGUUAUCGCAAAUUUUUACAAAUAUGACGAUGAAGGAUUUGUUAUUGACUACAAAAAUUCUACAUUACUUCAUGUAUUCAACAAGAAUGAGCAUGCGAUAGAGAAUUCGACAUAUUUUGAGGACAUUAGUCAUCGACCAAACGCCCUUCUCCUCGGAGAUCAUCUUGCAGACGCGAGAAUGGCUGAAGGAAUGCAGGACCCAGAAACGAUUUUUAAGAUUGGAUUUUUCAAUGAUCCCUCUCAAGUUGAAGAGUCGUUAAGUCUGUAUGAGGAAACAUUUGAUGUGGUUUUGGUGGAGGAUCAAACUUUUGAAUUUGUGAACAUCUUGUUAAAGUUUAUUUUUGGACGAAAUUAGCGGAUCCAAAGCAAGACACCAACUCCUCAUCAGACUGUCAUUACUGAUCAUUCCAUUCGUCUCGGGUCGAAUACCGAAACAUGACUCACAAAGAAGGCUUCUGCCAUCCUCCACAGAAAAGAUUAUUAUUUGAUGUUUUCAGUUGACCCUGUAAACCCAACAGUAUAACCUUGUCACGUCAUACUGAAUAAAUUCUAGUCUUUUGAAUAACAAAAA